CUGAGUCGGAACGAAUGGUGUACAAGUCGUUGCAGCAUGGACAAAGGGUUGCAUCUUAAAAGGUGAUGCUAGACUUGCCAGACAAGCAUUUUUUCAUUGUUGAAGAGAAACAAUGGCUGAAAAAAAGACUUUAGGCUUCCGUUUUCGCCUACCUUGGUUACCACUGCCUCGUGCCCGAGAGCUACCUACGCAACCACAACGCACCGCCACACAAACCUCUGUUGCAUCAACUCCUGCUCAAAGGCCACCGUUUCGGCCUCCAGGGAAAUCCCCAGCACCACCGCCAGCGGCACCAGCACCGGCAACAGUAGCUACACCAGCACCUUAUUUGCCUAGACGAUCUCCACCACAGCCAGCGGCAUCACCACCGUCUGUUACACCUAAGUCAACAAUACCUAAAUCUCAACCUGCUAAACCAAUUGAACCUGUUGCAACUCAGCCUGCAAAAAAACCUCAGGCCACCACAGAAACUAUGGUUCCAGUAACCCCGAUUCAAACACCACCACCGUCUGUUUCACCCAAGUCAUCGGUACUGAAAUCUCCAAUCACUAAACCUAAUGAAUCUGUGGCUGCUCAGCCUGCCAAAGAAACCCAAACCACCAACGAACCCAAACAAACCAUUCUUACUGCAGAUCCAGGCAGCCCACCUCCAUCGCCACCACCAUCUGUUUCACCCAAGUCAUCAGUGCCCGAAUCUCCUAUUGCUAGACCUACAGAAUCUGUUGCAGCUCAGCCCGCCAAACAAACCAUUCUAACUGCAGACCCUGGAACCCCACCUCUUUCGCCACCGCUUAGUCCGCUUACGCAAGCUCGAUCCCCACCCAGUCCCACCCAAACUCCAUCACCACCACCACCACCACCACCACCAUCCAUUUCACCUAAGUCUUCAGUACCUGAAUCUCCAACUGCUAAAACUACUGAAUCCAUUGCAGCUCAGCCCGCCACCACUGAAACCACACGAACCAUUGUAACUGCAGAUCCCGGAACCCCACCUCCAUCGCCACCACUUAAUCCGCUUACGCAAGCUCAACUCCAACCUAGUCCUCCCCAAACACCACCACCACCAUCGGUUUCACCUAAGUCAUCAGUACCGGAAUCGCCAAUCGCUAAAACUACUGAACAUGUUGCAGCUCAGCCCGCCAAAGAAACUCAAACCACCACUGAAAUCGUACCAACCAUCGAAAAUGCAGAUACAGCAACGCCACCUACUCAAACUCAAUCACCGCCUAGUACUCCCCAAACGCCACUGCCACCAUCCGUUUCUCCCAAGUCACCAUUACCCGAAUCUCCAAUCGCUAGAUCUACCGAACCUGUUGCAGCUCAGCCCGCCAACGAAACUCAAGCCACCACUGAAAUCGUACCAACCAUCGAAAAUGCAGAUCUAGCAACACCGCCUACGCAAGCUCAAUCCCCGCCUAGUCCUCCCCAAACUACACCACCCCCAUCGGUCUCACCUAAGUCAUCAUUACCGGAAUCUCCAAUCGCUAAAACUACUGAACCUGUUGCAGCUCAACCCGCCAAAGAAACUCGUACCACUGAAACCAUACCAACCAUUAUAACCGCAGGUCCAGCAACGCCGCCUAGUCCUCCCCAAACCCCACCACCAGCAAACCAAUCUCUGACCCGAACCCCGCCCAGAUCUCCAUCUCGAUCAGCUUCUGAACCUACAUCAUCACCACCAUCGCCUACCGCUAAAAGCACAAGCGAAGUUUCAGAAAUCAAAACGUCAACCGAGAUAACCGGAGAAAAACAUCAUGUGGAUACAAAUAAUCUUUCCCUAGAUGAAAAACCAAGAGAGACAACACAAACCACAUCCAUGAAUUCACAUUCAAUGGAUUUUAAAUCUCGAAAACCGGAACUAACCGCAAUCAAAGACGACAUUUCCAAGUACAUUCAUAAGAUAGCAGCCAAAGAAUCUACAGAUGAAAAUCCUGCAAAUGUUAUCACAAUUGCAGGUGAUAACACAGGGGCAUUGAUGAAUAUGAGUUUAGAUGAAAUCAAAGGAGGCCAUAAGCUUACUACUGAUCAAGAUACCACCAUUAAUGAAGAUGAAAGCUCACAGAAAGAUAGUGAAAAUGAAGAACCAGAUGCAAUUGUUAAUAGCAACACUCAAGGAAUCAAUAACUCAAUGAUGUUUGAGAGUUCUGUAACUGAAAGGAACCCAGGUGUUCAUUUAGGAUUCUACAGUAAUCUAGCAAAUAUUGAUGAUUCAGUGGUGAAGAAUACAAAGUCAAUUGAGAUGCAAAGAGCUGAAGCCAACAUUACACCACCUCAACAACUAGUUUACGAUCCGACAGUGGGAAGAUCUUCUGAAGAAAAUGAUCCCCAGACGUCUGGCAUAAGUUAUGAGAUUGAGGUUCUUUGAUUUGAACAAGUGUUACGAGUAAAAAUAAGGAUGAUGCUUCAUCAUUCAUUGAAUAUAUGUUUGUCUAAUACAUUAUGUAUAUAAUACUAUGUGUGUAACAAACUCUAAAA